UGAUCAGCGUAUCUGAAUAAGUAUAAGCUUAGAUAAGUUUAGAUUGAGAUUUGCAUCUAACUACCGGUACUGCAGGAAAUAUUAUUUUUACUAUCUUUGAUACCAACCAUCUAAGGUGUUUCGAAAUUUUCAGGACAAGGAAUGAAAAAUUAUGGUACCAUUAUACUUUCAUUUUCUACUAAAUACACGGUGGGUAAGGUUGUCCUGCAAGAGAAUGUUCUGUGCUGGUGAUUCGGUCCUGACUGGUGCUGGUGAUCAUUGAAAAUAUGUAAACAGAGACGAAAAUGAUGAUUUUUGACGUUUUCUCGCAUAAAAAAAGGAAGAAAACAGUUGAGAUAGGUGAAAUUGGAAAUUAGUCAUCAAUAGACAAGAAUAAAAUGACCUCAGAUAGUUCUGAUUAUCAAUUGGAGGACGAACUGGUACAAGAAUUGUUUUCUAAACAGUUUAUUGGUGAUAUGUCAAGAAAAAUAGUUGGUAUUCACGAUGUUGUUCAGAAGUUUAUUGAAACAAAUACUAUGUCUGAUGAUGAAAAGAAAUCUCUUCUAGAAAAGAAGGUUGCUGACAUCAAAUUUAGUAAGCUGAUAAAGGUUGUAACCAAACACUGCGACAAAAAUAACCUCCAGGUUUUCAAGAGUUUCAUUUCCGCACUUGAAGAAACUAAGAAUAGUGAUCUAGCAAAACAGCUGACCUUGGUGUAUGAUGAACGGGUGAAUUCCCUUUCAAUUCUGAAUCGAUUAUCAAAGGAAAAAUCGUUGGUUGGUAACCUUAAAGGUGAAAUAAAGCGUCUCCAACUAACAUUAGAGGAGAGAGAAUAUGAGUUACAAAAACUGAAACAGGACAAAAAAAGAUUAGCUGAGAACAUGAAGACCACUGAAAGCGAUCAAAAACAAGCUAUGCGGCUGCUUAAACAAGAUUUGCAAGGCAAAAUUUCUAAAAAAGACGAAUAUAUUUCAGCAGUUGGAAAGGAGUUGGCAGAUCUUUCCCAGAAGAGGGACGAUCUUGAAAAAGAAGUUGAUACCAAGUCAUUAGUCAUUGAAAAGAGAGAAAAUGAAUUACAAAGGAAAGAGAAGGAACUACAAAUGACAAUUAAAGAAAGCAAUCACAUGAGUGGCGAGAUUCAAAGGCUGAAAGAAAAUUUUGUUCACGUUAUUGGCGAAGAGAAAGAACAACUUACAAAAGAGAUAGAAAAUCUCGAAGGUAAAAUUGCAGAGAAAGAAAGUACAAUUCUCAAUCUUAGAAGAAAUCAGACACUCACAAGAGGGGAGAUUGAGGAAGAAUUGAAAAAUAUAAUGAGUGGUCAGGAAAAGAAAAUUGAAGAACAGAUUGUAACUAUUCAGAACCAAAAUCAAAGUAUACGCCAACAAAAUGAAAAGAUUGACGUUUUAACUAGUGCUGUCAUGAAACUCGUUAAUCAUAUGGAGAAAAAAUAGUGACUCAUAUUAUUUGUAGGUAUUAUUGCUAGUGAGACAACUCUCCAAUAGAGAAGCCUAUAUUUGAUUAUAAAGUAGUUUUCAAUAAGAAUCGAUUCAGUUAUUAUCAGCUUUGCAAUUUUAUUGUAAGAACUUCCAUCUUUGACUCAUAGAAAAUAAAAACGAUGUGAUUUUUAAAAAUCAUCAACUGGAUAUCAUUGAUGAACAUUUAACAAUUGCUUAUAAUUGCCUUUUGUGAUUGUCUGAGGGGUAAUAGUUCAUUUUGUACUAUUUCGGUGAUCAUUUCAAAACACUUGGUGCCUUCUAAAUUAUGAAUGUUGCUAUUAAAGAAAGUGUUAUCUUGUAGUAUAGGGAAGGCACGACUGACUCUUUAGUUGAAAUGAGUGUUUUAAAUCUAAUGUAAACUCGAGCUCAUGUCACAUUCUUUUUAUGUAUAUAAAGCGUAUAAAACAAUGUUGGAAUUUUGCUUUUUUCAAAACUAAUAUAUCAAUCAGUAUACCAAUUAUGGAUUAGUGUAGACAUAA